AUGAGCCUUGAACAGUCCCUGAAAUCACCACUGUCCCAGAAGAACAGAAGCCAUGGAGUUCUCAUCACUCCUGAACUCCAGAAAGAAGAGAAGGAGGCUGUGGACAACCGCAAGCCGCAGGUGGUGAUGUCUCUGAAUAAACUGGGCAUCAAGGCUGAUGAGGCCCCAGUCAUUGCUGUUCUUGGCUCCGGCGGGGGUCUGAGGGCACACUUUGCCUGUCUUGGGGUCCUGAUCGAGAUGAAAAACCAUGGCCUGUUGGAUGUCAUCACGUACCUUGCAGGGGUCUCAGGCUCCACUUGGGCACUGUCUUCAUUCUACACUAACAGUGGGAACAUGGACCUCAUUGAAGCUGACUUGGAACAUCGAUUUGAACCAGAGAAUUGGUCCGUAAGGGAGAGCCUGCAAAAAACCAUCGAGGUUGCGAGUUUGGAGAAUUACUCUCUCACUGACUUCUGGGCCUAUGUAGUUAUCUCCAGACAAACCAGAGAAUUCCAGGGCUCUCUGUUGUCCAGCAUGAAGAAGCAUGUGGAAAAAGGGACACUACCCUACCCAAUAUUUGCAGCCAUUGACAAUGACCUUCAUGAUGAUUGGAAGGAUCAUAAAACCCAGAAAUCCUGGUUUGAGUUCACUCCUCACCAUGCUGGCUAUCCUGCACUCCAGGCUUACAUCCCCAUCACCCAGUUGGGAAGUCAAUUUGAGAAUGGAAGAUUAGUUAAAUCUGCGCCUGAGCGAGACCUUUCCUUCCUGAGAGGAUUGUGGGGAAGUGCUGUAGCUAAUGCUGAAGAAAAUGAGAAAUUUAUUUGGGAUGAGUUUUUGAGCCUGAAAGAAAAACUGUUAGGGAAAUAUCAGUUAACACAAGGUAAUAGCUAUACUCAGACUUAUUCUUCAUCCCAGCCUAUGACAGCAGUGGACGAAGCACUCCUAGAAUUGAUGGUGGCUUACAUAAAAGAUGAAAAGGACCCCAGUAUCCAGGAGAAGCUCCAGGCCCUGCAGCAGAUACUGGAUGCCAGGAGAGAUGGGAAGACCAGUCAGAAGUCAACAUCUGAGUUUCUUGGAGUAGAUGAGCAUGGUGAGCCUGAAUACAAGAAAUUGGCCAUGAUGAUCCAGAAUUGGAGCAAUGCCUCCCAGGAGAAGCAAGGCCUGAUCCUGGAAUCCCUGGUGGGUCACUUCACAGGGCAAGCAAGCACGAUGGACCUAUCCACAGCUUUGAGUGCGUCCAAGUCAACAAUCUGGGACAUUUUAGCCUUUCUGGCUAAAACUGUAAAGUGCAUUUGGAACUGGGAAUGGGGGACCAUUCACAACUUCCUGCAUCAACACCAUGGCUCCAAUGUUAGCAUCACAGAUGAGGAUAUGUGCAGCCGAAAACUCCUCCAUCUGGUGGACGCCGGGCUUGCCAUCAACAGUCCCUACCCACUUCUUCUGCCCCCUGCACGGGAAGUUCAGCUUAUCCUCUCCUUUGACUUCAGCGAUGGGGACCCUUUUGAGACUGUCAGAGCCACGGCUGACUACUGCCACCACCAUAAAAUCCCCUUUCCCCUGGUGAAAGAGGCUGAUCUCAAGGAGUGGGCUGAAGCCCCUACCAGCUGCUACAUCCUGAAAGGGGAAAGUGGACCCAUGGUGAUGCAUUUCCCCCUGUUUAACAAAGACAACUGUGGAGAUGAAAUUAAUACUUGGAGAGAGAAAUAUGGCACAUUCAAACUAUCGGAUACCUACUCUGUACAAGUGGUGAAGGAUCUCCUGGAGAAGUCCAAGGAGAACGUCAGGAAAAACAAGGAGAAGAUCAUCCGUACAAUAAAGGAGGUGGUUGGUUCCUGCCCCAAGACAUCCUAACACCUCUGUCAUCCAUGACUGUCUCAGAGAACCAGUUCCUAAUUCAGAGACAAGCUUU